AUGGUUCGAAGACCUCGGCCUCUUCCCCUGAUUGGAAAUAUUUUUAACAUUGAACCGAAACAGCCUCAUACUUACCUAACAAAGCUCGCUGAAGUCUAUGGGAAUGUCUACUGCAUCCGUGUGGGCCGGGACAAGAGUGUGUUUGUGUGUGGCUUCAAAAUGGUGAAGGAGGCGCUCGUGACACAGGCUGAACACUUUGUGGAUCGGCCCUACAGCCCCAUGGUAACGAGGAUUUACUCUGGCAACUCAGCUGGCUUGUUCUUCAGCAACGGUAAAGUGUGGAGAAGGCAGCGGCGCUUUGCCAUGGCGACACUGAGGGCGUUUGGCCUCACCACCAGUUCAAUGGAGGAGAGGAUCUGUGAAGAGAGCCACUAUCUGCAGGACGCUAUGGACCAGAAGAGAGGUGAGGCCUUUGACCCAGUUCCACUACUGAACAACGCAGUGGCCAACAUAAUCUGUCAGAUAGUUUUUGGCAGAAGAUUUGUCUACAGUGACCAGCGUUUCCAGGAGAUGCUCAACGAUCUAAAUGAACUGGCGUAUCUAGAAGGUUCUGUGUGGGCUUUUCUGUAUGACGCCUUUCCAGCACUGAUGGCCCACCUACCUGGGCCACACAGGGGCAUCUUUAGCCGAGCCAGGUCCAUUGAGGCGUUUAUCAGGCACGAAGUGGAGAGACACAAGCCUGAUCUGGACCCGAGCUCUCCUCGAGACUACAUUGACAGCUUCCUUCUAGAAACAAAGAACGGUAACACAGAGCUGGGGUUCAGUGAGACAAACCUGGUGCUGUGUUGUCUGGACCUUUUUUUGGCCGGAACUGAAACUACCUCCAAGACACUGCAGUGGGGUCUGAUCCACCUCAUCAACAACCCCCACAUCCAGGAGAAAGUCCAUGCAGAGAUAGACAAAGUGAUCGGGCGCUCUCGACAGCCCACUUUGGCCGACCGAGCCAGCCUGCCCUACACUGAUGCUGUCAUCCAUGAAAUCCAGAGAAUAGGAAACAUAGUGCCCCUCAACGGCUUCAGGAGAGCAUCCAAAGACUUGACACUUGGAGGGUAUUUCAUUCCUAAGGGGACUUCGGUGAUGCCCAUCCUGACCUCCGUCCUGUUCGAUAAGUCUGAAUGGGCCACUCCGGACACAUUCAACCCACAGCACUUUCUGGACUCACAGGGAAAGUUUGUCAAGCGGGAGGCCUUUAUGCCAUUUUCUGCAGGAAGGCGGAUGUGUCUGGGAGAAGGCCUGGCUAGGAUGGAGCUCUUUCUAUUUUUUGUCACUUUGUUUCAGAAGUUUUCAUUUUCGACUUUGGACGGAGUAAAGCUCAAAACCGAAGGAAUCAUUGGAGCAACGCGCACUCCACAUCCUUUUCAGCUCUUCGCCCGGCUGCUUUGA